AGAUCUCAGUUACAACAAUUUCCAUGGAAGGUUUCCAUCUGGCCUGCUUCAGAGAUCCUUGAAAUACCUGGAUGUAUCUAACAACUUCCUUUCUGGGGAGCUCCCACGGACUCUCAGUGCCAACCCUUUUCUUUACAUGCUUAGCCUGGGAGGAAACGGCUUCACAGGCUCCUUACCAAACUUCUCACGCUGGAAUGUCAGCUGUGUGCAAAUAAAUUUCAGCGGCAACAACUUCACAGGGUCAAUUCCCGACUCCAUCUCCACCCUCACCAACCUCGAGGGCAUUAUUCUCAACAACAACCAACUGACAGGCACCAUCCCCUCUGCCCUCUUCACCAUGACGAAUCUGAAUUAUCUGAUGAUCAGCAACAACUACCUCUAUGGACCCCUGCCAGACUGCCUCUUCGACAACUGUAUUAACCAAAUUGAUGUGAGCAGCAAUAGCCUGUAUGGGCGUAUCAACCGCGACUUCAAGAGCAUGGUGGCGGAUGGUGGUGCCCUCAUCAACUUGGCUAACAACUUCUUCUUUGGCGAAGCUGUGCUCUUUGCUGCCGGCUGCAAGGUCUGCCCCACCGAGGUCAGCGAGCCCAACAAACUGGACUUGGAGGGCACCUUGGAAUUUAAUUUAAACAAGUGCACUUUUAUUGGGGAAAAUAUCCCCCCUGCAUGGGCAGGCAGGGAGGUGAGGGUGAGUCUGUUGGGCAACUGCCUGACCCUCAGCCCAAACACCGAGUGCUCAUCCAAUGCCACCCAGCGCAGCACGCGAGCCUGCCAGACGUUCUGCAGCAUCACGGACAAUGGCCCGUGUGACGGCCAUGGGGCGUGUGUGCCGCCUGCCCCCGCCUCCUCCUCCAACUUCACGUGCCUCUGUGAUGCCGGGUACAGCACUCUCAACUCGGGCAAUGGCUCCACAUGCGCCAUCGUCAACUCCACCACCACCACCACCACUGUGCCUUCUUUGUCUACGGGUGCCAUAGUGGGCAUUGUUCUGGGAUGCUUUGCUGGCUUCACUCUGCUGGCUGCUGUGGUCGUAUGGCUGAUGUGGCCCCGCGGACCAAAGAAGUGGGAGGGUUUGGAUGUGUGUGAGCAGUUCUCGCUGCAGCAGAUGUUGAGUGCCACCAACAGCUGGUCGGAGGACAAUGUACUGGGCAAGGGUGGCUUUGGCAUUGUCUACAAAGGCCGCUCACCACAGGGCCAUCUGUGGGCCAUCAAACGCUCCACCAUCAUGACCAACGACUUUGAAAAAGAGGUGGCUGACUUUGGGCUGCUCAAGCGCCUCACUCACGGCGAUGCUGAUGCCACGCGAGUGGCCGGCACUCCGGGCUAUGUGGAUCCGGACUAUGUCCGCACCCACGUCAUCACUGCCAAGAGUGAUAUCUACAGCUUUGGAAUCGUCCUUCUUCAAUUGCUGAGUGGAAAGACUCCCCAAGUCGACGGAAAAACGCAUAUUAGCAAAUGGGCAGUGAAGCUGGUGGAGGCGUAUGAGCUGGGGGAGCUGAGGGAUAGCAAGAUGCCAGCGGCAAGCGAGGAGGCUAUUGUGGACUUUGCAGACCUGGCUCUGGACUGCAUCAAGUCUCCAGGUACACGGCGACCCACCAUGAAGGAUGUGGCAUACCGCCUUAGUGCCCUAAUUGACAAGGAGGACGCGAGGGAGAGCGUUGCUAAAGACGAAGGGGCAAGAAACCAGGAUAUUCUUUCAAAGAGUGCUUCUCCCUAG